GAAGGAGCCACCCAUAUUCUUAUCAAAGGAACAACUACACAAAUUAAAAAAUUAAAAUAUCUACAUACAUAUACAAACCACCACCCACCAAGAUACAAGUCAACUGAGACUACCUGGUACCCCUGCACUCGUUUACUCCUGUCAUCUGUCUAUCCUACCCCGUGUUGGUACCAGCCAUCCCGAGAAAAGAUACCCACCCCUCCGAAAUCAUCUCAUCAUGUCCGAAACAGACCCGGGCUUCCUGGCCGCGGUGGAAGAGGCCAAGCAAGGAUUUGCAGAAGGCGGUGUCCCAAUCGGCGCAUGUCUGGUUGCUAAGGACGGCACCGUCAUUGGGCGAGGACAUAAUAUGCGCGUGCAGAAGGGCAGCGCCACAUUACAUGGUGAGAUCUCGGCACUAGAGAACUCGGGUCGUUUGCCGGCUUCAGCCUAUGAAGGAUCCACCAUGUACACAUCUCUUAGCCCUUGCGACAUGUGCACUGGGGCUUGCAUCCUGUACAAGGUCAAGCGGGUUGUUAUUGGCGAGAACAAGACAUUUGUCGGCGGAGAGGAGUAUUUGAAGUCUCGCGGUGUCGAGGUCGUGGUCUUUGAUAACGAAGAGUGUAAAGAAUUGAUGAGGAAGUUCAUCGAGCAGAAACCCCAUGUCUGGAACGAGGACAUCGGUGAGCCAUGAUCAUAUUUACCUUGAUAGAGGAUGAUAUUGCUUUCUAGACCUCCACAUUCCUGCUUUAGUGGAAGGAUAACGGGAGGUUAGUUAGCUCUAUGAAUGCCAUCUACUUGACUUUUG